CACAAAAUCUAAAGGACCAGAAAGAGGCAGAAGCCACAUAUUCUGUAGCCCAACCCACCACAACAGUGGCGAAAGAAGCAUCAUGUGUCUGAGAAGAGGAGUUCCUCUUCCUCAAGGGAUACUAUUUUUACAUCUUCAUGACAUGAAGGAGAAGACAGCCUUCAUAACCCAUAAACUUUGUUUAUUUCCAUUUGGCAAAGGGACCAACUCUCUGCAAACUUGUGGCAAUUGGAAGAUGCCAUGACAACUUUUCUCACAUCCCUGCUGUGUGUUGCACUGAGUCAUCUGGUCCUCUGGAUCCCGGCAUUGGCAGGGGUCUUCUCUAAACCUAUACUCCCAGCACUUUCAAGAAAUGUGGUAAUGACUGGAAACCAAGUGAUAUUCUUGUGUCAAGGACCCUUAGAGGCCAAGGAAUACCGUCUCUGCAAAAAAGGAAGUCCAGAUUGCUUGGUACCAACAACCCUAAUAGAAACCAAUAACAUGGCCAAAUUCUCUAUCUCAUCAAUUGAAUGGAUCAAUGCAGGCCAAUAUAGGUGUGAAUAUAAAAGCCCCAAUGGCAAAAGAGAACACAGUGACUACCUGGAGCUGGUGGUGACAGGAGUUCACCAGAGCAAUGUGAGCCUGUCAGCUCUUCCCAGCCCAGUGGUGACUGCAGGAGAAAAUGUGACCCUUCAAUGUGUGUCACAUCAUCCAUUUGACAGGUUUAUUCUAAUGAAGGAAGAUGAGAAGUUCUCCCCAGCUUUGCCCUCACAGAAUAUACACCCUGAGCUAUUUGGAGCCCUGUUCACAGUGGGUCCUGUGACCCCAAACCAGAGGUGGAGGUUCACAUGCUAUGGGUAUUACUUGAGCAGCUCCCAGAUGUGGUCAGUUCCCAGUCCUGUCUUAGAGCUUCUGGUCUCAGGGACCCUUCACAAACCCACCAUCUGGGUUCAUCCUGCUUCUGUGAUCACCUCAAGGAGUCCUGUUACCAUCUGGUGUCAGGCAACCCUGAGAGCCCAAAUGUAUGUGAUAUAUAAAGAGGGAAGCCCGGGACCCUGGGACCAACAGGCCCGAAUACUCUAUAACAAUAAGGCAAAACUCACCAUUCCAUCUGUGACACAAGUGCAGGCAGGCCGGUAUCACUGUUACACCUACACCUCUGCGGGAUGGUCACAGCGCAGUGACCCCUUAGAGCUGGUGGUGACAGGAGUCUACAACAAACCCACCCUGUCAGCCAUGCAAAAUCCUGUUGUUAACUUAAGAGGGUCUGUGACCCUCUCUUGUACCUCAAGUCAGAGAUAUGACUGGUUCAUUUUAACUAAGAAUGGUCAGAAGUUCUCCAUCCCUCAGAGCUCAAGAUACACAUACACUGGGAUGUUCCUGGCUGAGUUUCCAGUGGGUCCAGUGACCUCUAGCCAGAGGUGGAGGUUCAGAUGCUAUGGCUAUUACACAAAUAACUCUCAGGUGUGGUCAGAAGGGAGUGACGUCCUGGAGCUCCUGGUCUCAGGGCUGUCAAGGAAGCCCACUUUGAUGACCCCAAAAGUCCCUGUCCUGGCCCCUGGAGAGAACCUGACACUCAAGUGUUCCUCUGAGAUUUAUGACAGAUUUGCUCUGUUCAAAGAGGGGGGAGGUGACCUCACUCAAGUUUAUGUUCACCAGCCCCAGGCUGGACAUUUUCAAGCCACCUUCACCUUAGCCUCAGUGAAUUUCUCCAUUGGUGGUCUAUACAGAUCCCUUGGUGCACAGAGCUUCUCCUCUGAGUGGUCAUCCCCCAGUGACCCUCUAGACAUCAUGAUCACAGGAUACCUCCCUGUCACACCCAAUAUCUCAGUGCAUCCAGGCACUACUGUGUCCUCAGGAGAGAAUGUGACCCUGUUGUGUAAAUCAUCAGUCCCAGUGGACACUUUCUUCCUGCUCAAAGAAGGUGCAGCCCAUCCCUACAUGCAACAAAGAUCAGUGUCUCAAGAUCUACAAUAUGAGGCAGAAUUCUCCAUGAGUGCUGUGACCUCAGCCGUUGGGGGUUCUUACAUAUGCUUUGGUUCUAACAGCUCAUCCCCUUACCUGUUGUCAUAUUCCAGUGUCCCCAUCGAGAUCAUAGUCUCAGUCUCCCAGGAUCACACAGUGGAGAACCUCAUCCGGAUGGGUAUAUCUGCCUUGAUCCUCACAGCUCUUGGGAUUUUGCUGUUUGAGGCUUGCCGCAGCCAGAGAAGGACCCAGAAUUCAUUAUAGAAGUAUAGAGGAGAUACCAGAGUAUGCCUAGUCUGGUGAUCAAGUCUUGGAAAUCAUUUUGAGGAUCUCAAGUGCUUUUAAAGAGAAAAUUCAGUGCUUAAUUUUGUGAAUUACUUGUGAUAAACUAUCCGGCAAGAUAAUGUGUUUUGGUUGCAGGAAAAGACCUAAAUAUUGGGGUAAUCAGCUCUUCUACCACCACAUUAAGACUCUUACCCUGUACUUUGUUGUGCACUUUUGAAGAUUUUCCAUUCCUCUAUUUUAAGUCCAUGAUGUAAGGUAACAUCUAGUGUCACCAAUGAGGUUUACAUUCCCACCUCUGUAUAUAUUUUGCUUUUCCUCAGUCUCAUGUGAUAUUUUCCUUUAUUAUACAUCACCACAUACCACAUUGUGUAUUAUGAGACUAUCUGUCCUGAAGAGAUCUGUAACAUCACACCUAAAUCA